ACCUGCAAUUCCACAGUGCACCUAACAUGUGUGGGAGCCUGGAGUGUCCCUCCUAGCUUCAUAUACAAAUCUGCUGCGAGAAGGAGGGGCUGGGAGCAGCAGCCGGGCCUCUCCACUGUCUAUCACAGGGGCCCUGCCAGGCUGAUUUGUUUCCUCCUCUGCCUACACUCCUCAGCGGCAACGCUAGGAAGAAGUGAUAUCAUGUCACUUUCUUCUAGCACUCUAUGGAAGUUGCACAGGAGGGAGGAAAGAGCCCAACACUAUGCAGAGCCUGGGGCCAGUUUCUGCAGCAGAGAUGAGUGAGGAGCAGCAGGCAUUUCUGUUUAACUCGCAAAAUCCGCUAAGCCAAGAAGAUGCUACGAUGCACUGUUUGGAGAUUCUUGUUUGCGGUGUUGGCCGUAAUCAGUGUAACCGUUAUAAUCACACGCAAAGACCUCACUGAAACUUACUGUGAAAAAUUUGACGACCCAAAGUCUUAUUUUCAUAUCCCCCAAAUCCAGCAUAAGAGCCCUCGCCCCUUUGAUGUAAAUGAAGAUGCUAUGGAAACCUUGAACAUCCCCUAUAUGUACUUUCUGGGUUCUCAACCAAGAGCGAAACGAUUUUUUACCAUUGGAAUAUCUUCAGUAAAAAGAAAGAAAGAAAACUAUCUAUUGAACACAAUCCACUCCAUUUUCAAUCACUCAAGUCCAGAAGAGCUUGACCAGCUAUUAGUUGUGGUCUACUUGGCAAAUACCAAAUACACUCUGAAUAAAAAAACAUCAGACGAGCUUCACCUUCGUUUCCAUACAGACAUUGAUGCCGGACGUUUGAUCGUGAUCAGCAGCCUACCCAAUGCGUAUCCUACAUUAGAAGGCCUCAAAAGAAAUUAUAACGACUCGCCCGAGAGAGUCAAAUUCCGCUCUAAACAAAACAUAGACUAUGCCUUCUUAGUGAAUUUUUGUGCCAACCUGUCAAACUAUUAUAUCAUGUUGGAAGAUGACGUGACAUGCUCUAAAAACUUCCUCACGUCAAUUAAAGGCCAUGUUGACGCCCAAAAGGCUUCAUGGACUACAAUAACAUUUUCAAAUCUGGGGUACAUUGGGAAACUGUAUCACAAUGCAGAUCUCUCAAAACUUGCUCGAUUCCUGUUGCUGUUCUAUGAUGAAAUGCCUUGUGAUUGGCUUUUGGAUCUUUUCUUUAAAUCCAAAGCUCAGAAGGAAAUUCUACGGGCCAAGCCAUCUCUCUUCCAGCAUAUGGGCAUGUUCUCCUCCUUUCAAAGCAACAGGAACAAUUUAAAAGACAUCGACUUUGUGGAAGUCUAUGAAAAAUAUGGAGAUAACCCGUCUGCAUCUUGCUUCACCAAUAUGGAGUCUUAUUUAGAAAACCAGGCAGAGAAUGUUUGUUACCCGGGACCAAGCUUCUUUUGGGGAAAAAAUGUAAAAAAGGGAGACUAUUUCACCAUGAUUUUCCAGGACACAGUAAAUAUAGAAAUAAUCCAUGUUCUUACUGGGUCUCCCGAUCAUCCAGGAGACAUACUCCAAACUGGUUUCUUAGAACUGGGGAGUGGAAAAACAAAAGACAAAGGUGGGGAGAGCUGCAAAGUCUUCAGAAAAAUAGGAGAAUUUAUCAACGGAGAGGUUUUGGUUAAGAUGGAAAAAGAUGACAAGAGUGACUGUCUCCGGAUUUAUGUAUCUGCUUCCCAAAACCAAUGGCUCAUAAUACAAAAAGUUGGGAUUUGGCUCAAAAAGAGAUAAGAGACAAAUGUUGUUAGCACUAAACUAAUUAGAUUGCUUACCCCAUUGGCUAAAAAAAGACCCCUCUAUACAACAAAUUCUCUGUAUCAGGGAAUCGAAACAAGACAUUCUUAUAAAAGCAAAAAUCCUUUUGUACAAAUUAUGACAAAGAAAUAACAUGAAAAAAUAUAUAUUUAUAAGAACUAUGACAAAGGUAUAAAACAUCUUCUAGAAAACAUUUAAUUUAUUUGGAGAGCAAGUUGACGAAAUUAGUACAGGCAGGUUUCUACUGUGCAAUAAGGGUCAUUAGAAUUAAUAUCACACGAACAGAGUAUGGCCUUUAUAAAUAGUGUCAAAUCGGAAAACUAUUUAGGGUCCUCUGUGACAUAUUGCAAAAUAACGCAUACUGUGUAUAACGCCUAAAAUGCUUUAUCAUGAAUCUUUUAAAGAAAAAAAUAAAUGAAAAGUUAAAAGUAUGAAGAUUUGAAUACUAUAAAACUUUACAGAACGUUAAACUAUAAUUUAAACCCCAACAUGCUCUUCAGCUAAUGCUAUAGCUAUGCAUCAGUUUCAAAUAAA